UCGGUUAGAUCAUCUUUCUCGUCUUGUUCAAUCAGUGAUCAAUCUCGUCGUCGGAUCUUUAGCUUCAGUCUCCGUUUUGUUCGUGUGUAUGAGAAGCCAAAUUUUGGGCGCCGUUGUUCAAGAUCAAGAGGCUUGAAGCGGUCUUCACCGCGCUCUCCAGCUUGGUCUUGUUUCAUGUUAUAGAAAUUCCUGUGAAUUAAAACCAAAAUGGGGAACACUUCCUCCAUGCUGACUCAAUACGACAUCGAAGAAGUCCAAAGCCAUUGCCAGGAUCUAUUUGAGCAGCAGGAAAUACUAUCUCUGUAUCAAAGGUUUUGCCAGUUGGAUCGCAACGCAAAGGGGUUUAUAUCUUCUGAUGAGUUUCUCUCUGUCCCUGAGUUCGCCAUGAAUCCACUCUCUCUGAGGCUGCUUAAGAUGGUUGAUGGUUUGAACUUUAAGGACUUUGUGGCCUUCUUGUCUGCUUUCAGUGCCAAGGCUAGUCUUAAGCAAAAGGUUAAGCUGAUUUUUCAAGUCUAUGAUUCUGACUGCAACGGAAAGGUCUCCUUUAAAGAUAUCAUUGAAGUGUUGCGGGACUUAUCGGGGUCAUUCAUGUCCGAUGAGCAAAGAGAGCAAGUACUGAGCCAGGUUCUGAACGAAGCAGGGUACACGAAUGACUCUUUCUUAACACUAGAGGAUUUCAUAAAGGUCUUUGGGAGUUGUAAACCGGAGAUGGAUGUUGAAAUUCCUGUGGACUAAGUUUAUGAGAUCAUGAUGUAUGGUCAAACUCUAAACUCCACAUCUCAUCAUGUAUUCGUCCACUUCGUUAGUAUUUGAUCACACCAUCCGCAGAUUUCAAGAAUAUGUAUGAUUUACAUUUCCUCUUCCUCUUAGCAUUGUUUUCAAUUGAUUUAGAUUAAGAACUGUUCUACUGUAAGCACAGUUGUUAAUGGUAUUGAAAACAAAAACAAAAACUUUUAUUC